CCCCUCACCUCCCUCCCCAGCCCCCUGAUCCCCCCUACUCUAUCUGCUCUCUGCUCUCUCUGCUGCGCUGAGCCUUGGGAUAAUCCUGCUCAGGUUGUCCCUAAAAUUGUGCCAUAUACUCUGCCGGUAUUGCAACUUGCUCGUGCGACUAGUCGUAGUGUUGUGAUUCACGGGCGCCUUGCGUGACUGGCACCGUUCCGCGAUCUUAUUAGACGUAAGGGGACGGAACAGGAGGGAGAUUAAAGCAGAUUAGUGAGCCUCGUCGACCCUGUAGUUGGAGGCUAGCCUGAGUUAGUUAGGCACUAUGUCGUACGAGACAGCGUGGCAGAACUUCCAGCAGGCCUUUUGGCAGAUCUCGCCGUACGCCUAUGCCGCCAUUGGAAUCGCCAUUUCCAUCGGCGUUUCCGUCCUCGGAGCAGCAUGGGGAAUCCUAAUCACAGGAAGCAGUUUAAUAGGCGCUGCUAUAAAAGCUCCCCGGAUCACGUCUAAGAAUCUUAUCAGUGUUAUUUUCUGUGAAGCGGUGGCCAUUUACGGCGUUAUUGUGGCCAUCAUUUUGCAAACCAAGCUGGAGUCAGUCAGCAAGGCCAGAUUGCACUCCCCUGAAGCUCUCCGCUCUGGUUACGCCAUCUUCAACUCCGGAAUAAUCGUUGGUCUUGCAAAUCUCUUCUGUGGGCUGUGCGUCGGCAUCAUUGGUAGCAGCUGUGCGUUGUCCGACGCUCAGAACUCAACGCUGUUCGUGAAGAUCCUCGUUAUUGAGAUCUUCGGCAGUGCGCUUGGCCUGUUUGGAGUCAUCGUUGGAAUUAUCUUAUCAUCUCAAGCGACAUGGGCAUAAACAGUCUCCUCACGCUCUCCAGGCUUCAAGUGGCUCCAUGCUCAUUGCUCAACCCAGCUGGUCGCAUACAGUUAGAUCUUCCCGUCCGUGUAACAACACAUGCUAUCAACUGGGCGGAUGGCCUGAGUUUAAUCUUUGAAGGAGUGACAACGUGAAAAACGGUUGGCUCUCUUGUUUCCUUGGUACUGAAACUGCUUAAUAUUUUAUGUCUAGUGGGCCAUAUUAGCGAUUGCACUGUUACAGCGCCUUUAUUUUGAAGUCGGGCUUUCAUGGACAGAGCAUGGGGACAAGAGUAGAGAUGGCAGUGUAUAUCUAGAAGUGUGGGAACAUGUGAUAUGCUACAUCCAACCAGCAUCCCUAAUGGAAUACAGUUUUUGCAGCACA